AUAAAGAGCAGAGCAGCCUCCUCCUCCUCAUCAUCACUGCAGCAUCAGCUGAUACCUGAAGAACCUCAACACACAUCUACCACACAGACGUUAAGUCUCUUCAUCAAUCUUCAUYGUCCUCAACAUCUUCAUCAUGAAGGCCGUCCUCUUCCUCACUGUUGUGCUCAGCUGUGUUCUUGCUGUCACAGCAGUACCAGUUGAAGCUGUUGAACCAGUUCAAGGAACACAGGAGCUAAAGGAGGAAAACCAGGUGGUAGAAAAUGAAGCUGGAGUGCUGGUUCCUGAAGCAGAAGAGCCUGAGAUGUUGUCUGCUGGAGAGGCUUUAUCAGUGGAAGGUCGCUUCUUUGMUUGUCCUGCUGGUUGGAUCAGAUACAAGAGUAGCUGCUAUCUGUAUGUGAGCGCUGGCAGAUCCUGGACCAGUGCUGCGGCCUAUUGCAAUAGUCUGGGAGCCACCUUGGCUUCUGCCCAUGAUUUGUUUGAGUACAGUUUCCUGCAGCAGCUGACCAGUAGGGGAGGAGGCUCCCUUGCCUGGAUGGGAGGAUUCUAUUUCCAGGGCUGGAGGUGGGUGGACCAGAGCCCCUUCAACUACAACUUCUGGAGUGCUCAGCACACUGCCAGCCGAUACCCGUGCCUCUACGUUAAUGUCAGGGUUGGAUGGUCCAAUCAUAACUGUGGUAAUGGAUGGCCGUCCAUCUGCGUGAAGAACACUGACACCUGUUAGACCUGACAGCAAGACAUGUGUUUACUGACCUGUAUCAUCAUUACAAUGUGAUGGAGGACAUUUUGAAUGAUUGCUCUUGAAAGAUUUGAGAACAAUGAUCAAGCUGCUGGCUCAGGAGCCGUGUGUUCCUGUCAUGACAGAUUUGUUGACUGCUUCAUGCUGUUUAUGAUGCUUCUUCUCUCUUGAUGCCAUGAAAUCAGAUGCUACGAUAUGUAAAUAGGUUAAAGACUCAGUGAAGUUGUUUUUCUUUUGUUUUUUGUACUUUGGAAUAUAUUUUUGCAGAGGCAUAAUGUUCAGAGGAUGUGGAAAUGUAUUAAAUAAAUAACUGA